AUGCCUGUUCUUUCACUCAAGAUAUAUAUUGCAAUGAUGUAUAAAGAACUGGCGGAGAGAAUAGAACGUCGUAAGAAAAGACUGUGGUGUCUAUAUGAUGGUAUUCCACUUGAAGAAGAUAGUGAUUGUUCCGUAAUGGAAAGUGUUUACGAAGAUCAAGAUACAGACGAUGAUGACUCGGAUAGUGAAGUUGAAGAUCGUAACGAAGAUGAACAGACUAGUGAUCAUAUUGUUAAAAAGAAGCGGCGUCGUGUGUCUCGCGUUAUUACUGAAUUCGAAGAUGAAGAAAUGCUAAAAGACAAGAUAAUUAAAGAUUAUCUAAGAGCUUCACAAUUACAGGAUGAAAAAAUCGAAAUUGCUGAUAAAGCUCUUGCACUAGUCGAAAGACAUAUAAAACGCCUUGACGAAGAUUUUGAUAGUCUAUUUCCUCAGCAUAAUCUUCGCGAAAAUCUUCAUGAAUCUUCCACUUCAGCUCCACCGAGUCCACCCAGAAUAGAUCCUCUAAUGACAAUUCAACCAUCAACACAUCACGUGAAUACUAUAUCAACAUCACAAGCAACUAGGACACCUGUUCAUCAGCCAAUUUCAGCAGUAACACCUAUGCCAACAUCCAAUUUUCCUAACACAUUUGAUUACAAUAAAAUUUAUUACCCCUCGUCAAGCGCUGAAUCUGAAGAAAUUCGUCGCCGACCGUCUGCAAUAACCGUUAGUGGUAAUAGCGCAAGACGUCGAAAGCAAAUUGGAAUCAAAUUACGAUUGCAUAAUGGAGAAGAAAAUUCGAAUUCUGGGUCGUCGUCAGUUACUGAUCAAAUCACGAAUGUUGACAUGGACCUAAUGGAUCCAAGCACUGACGCAUAUGAAAAUCCACUUAUGUCUAGCGUCAACACAUUUACAUCAGGUUUCGUACAGCCUAUUGAUCCGAAUGAACCGGUAUAUUGUAUUUGUAGACAAGUCAGUUUUGGAGAUAUGAUUGGUUGUGACGGAGAGGAAAUACAAGCCAAACUAAAAAAAGGAAAAGAGGCCGACCAGCUGGAUCCGAAUACUGGUGUAACCUGGCAAAAGUCAUAG